AUGGGGGAUGAUACUGAUCCUCCCCAAGCGCGAGUUCUCACGUAUGCUGAAAAGAUUUUAGGUAAAAAACAUAUUCCAACAACUUAUGUGGAUUUGAAUACACUACCAAACUCUACUUUGAGAGAAGGAAAACCGGCAGUUGUGCUUCCAGUUUCUUUUUACGAAGAGGGUUGUGAUAUUUGGAGAUUCAGUCUUAUAGACCGUUUGCAUUUUAAGGGAGUCAAUUUUCAGGAUGUGAAGAAUAGCUUUGAGCAACAAUGGCAGCAAGGUCAGGGCCAAGUUCAAUUCAUUCCUAUGAAUAGAGGUUUUUUUAUUAUCAAGCUGCAAGCUAAGGAAGAUAGGGAUAAGAUACUUAAUGCUGAGGCUUGGAUGUUUGAUCAACAAAAGCUUAUCCUAAUGGAAUAUUUUCCCAGUUUUAAUGCGGAUAGACACAAUACUUCUCAUGCUACAGUAUGGGUUAAGUUCCCUGGAUUGCCUGUUGAAUUUUGGAUUGAGAAAACGUUGUUGGCGUUUGGUAAAUCACUUGGUACUCCAAUUGUUGUUGAUAAGCGUACAUUAGAUCAUGAGUAUGGGUAUUACGCUUCAGUUCUCAUUGAUAUUAAUUUCGCUGAACUUGAUACUAAUGACAUUCAUAUCGUUGUUGGGGGUAAGGAAUUCUGGCAGCCUAUUGAGAUUCAAAAACGACCUAAAUUCUGCACUAAGUGCAAGAUUAUUGGCCAUGUUGAUUCUGAAUUUAGGAAAAAACACAAGAACUCUUUGGGUAACGUGCAACAACAGGCUUCUGCAUCGCUGCACCAGGGUAACAACUUGGCUAUAUCACAGGAUGCGCGUAGUAAUAAUGUUGCUGGGGCUGGAAAUGAAUGGCAUGAUGCCAGACGUAGGAAAGGAAAGACAUCUCCUGUCAUGCCAGUAGUGCCUGAGAUUGUAAAUGGGUUACCUAAUGGAAGCUAA